CUGCGCGCGGAGGGGCCGGGGCGGGCGCGGGGCCGCGAUGUCGCCGCCGGGCCCGGCGCGUCCGGGGGAGGCUGGAUCUGUCCUGCGCUCGGUCAACACGCGGGAGCUUUCCGAGGUCGUCUUCAACAACCACAGUCCCCGCUACGUGCUGCCCGUCUGGCUGGACUUCGAGGGCCAGCCGCGCUGCUACCCGGUCCUGCAGCCGCGCAGCGGGCGCCUCAUGCGCAGCUACCGGGGGCACCUCUGGCUGUUCCGGGAUGCAGGGACCAAUGACGGGCUGCUCGUCAACCAGCAGGAGCUGUUUGUGGCGGCCCCCAAUGUGACCAAAGCUGACAUCACACUGCCAGUGUUCACCCUGAAGGAGAGAUGUCUGCAGGUUGUGCGCAGUCUGGUCAGCCCAAUGAACUACAGGAAACUGGACAUUGUUCAGUCAUUAUAUGAAGAGUUGGAGGAUCAUCCUGAUAUUUGGAAGGAUCUUCAGCGGCUUUCUCUGCAGAGGAAUGAAGGAUUGAGGAGAUAAAUUGUGGAACAACACGGUUACUCACUUCAGACUCCUCAGUAGCAAACCAUUGAGUCUGAGCAGCAAGAGUUGCCAGGAGACGCACCAGGAACUGAUGGCUUCAUUUAAAGUUUCGAAACAUAAACUCAGUAACUUUGGUGAUAGUCAAAUCCCAGACACUGAACAGCACCUGGAGGCAUGCCAGUUCUGAUGGUUCAGUUAAUUUCAGUAUUGCAAACUGUAGGAUAACAUCAGGGCAGCUAAACGGAAAAUAUUCAUACAAAGAAACUUUCAUUGUAUUAUGUUAUAAGGGAUCUUUUCAUUGAACUUGGGAGGUUAAUUAAAGUUGUUAUUGUUAGAGAGUAAAUUGAUAUGUUUAAUUAUGUUGUAAAAUUGUUAAGAUAAUUGUUGAGUAUUUUGGAAUGUUCGGGGUUGGUAUUGGAUUGGGGUUGGGCGGAUAAAUUGGGGGAUUGGUAAGAGAUACAAGAGGGCUUACGGGAACAUGGAAUGGAACAUUCAAGAACAUGAUGUCAUCAGCAGCGCGAGUAAGGAUUGGAAGAAAUAUCCACCAAUCAUUCGACGCCCUGGGAAAAUGAUUGGACCAGGAUGAACGUGGUUAUGGACCAAUCAGAGCCCAAGAAAGCAGCCAAUCUUGAGACGGACCCAAAACGGACCAAUCCAAGCCUAAGGGAGGCUAUAAAACAGGGUGUUACGUGUUAGCAGGUGCUUUUCUGUUGGCUUUUUCUGUUCCUGAGUUUGUUUCGAUACGUUGUUGGGGCUUUUUCUGUUGGGCUUUUCUGUUCGUGAGUUUUGUUCGAUAUGUUGUUACUGUCCCGGUCCAUAGCGUGGAGCACACAGGACUAGCCUGUGUCUCCCUUCAGCUGCAGCUCAGUAUUAAUAAACAGGCCUGGCUUAAUUACAUCAAAAA